AUGAAGAGAUCAAGCAUGGAAGCAGCCAAAUAGAGAGAAUAAGACAAGGAUGAUCAAUCUGAUUCACAAUCACAGUAAAGUCAAGGGUCUCUUGAACCAGGUAUGAAGAGAGCUAAAAUGCCUAAGAAGUCAAAGCAUAGAAUGAGAGCACACAUUAAUCCUAUGGGAGAUCUUACUAUUCCAGUUCCAAUGAAUACAGACUACGUUGACUGGUCACUCCACUACCCUUCAUUCUUUGGAGUUCCAAAUAACAACGAUGAUAAAAUGUUUUGCAAUAAAGAGCAAAAGAGUGAGAAAGUGCCAACUAUAGUAGAUAUCGGUUGUGGUUAUGGAGGAUUACUUUUCGAGCUUUCAAAGGAAUUCCCAAAUGAAUUAAUCUUAGGAAUGGAGAUUAGAGACAAAGUUACUAAUUUUGUUGUUUAAAAAAUCAAUUCAAGCAGAAUAAACUCAGGAUAUAAGGAUUACUUAAAUAUUGGAGUUGUGAGAACCAACACAAUGAAGACUAUCCACAAUUACUUCAAAAAAGAAUCAUUGGAGAAAAUGUUUAUCCUGUUUGCUGACCCACACUUUAAGAAGCAAAAUCACAGAAGAAGAAUUAUUACAACUCAAUUAUUGAGUGAUUAUGCUUAUUCACUGAAGACAGGUGGAAAGAUUUAUACAGCUACUGAUGUUAAGGAACUUCAUGAUUGGGAAGUUGAACAUAUGGAGUUACAUCCUUUAUUUGAAAGAGUUCCAGAGGAAGAGACUAAAGAUGAUCCAUGCAUAAAGUUUAUGACAGAAGGAACUGAUGAGGCUAAAAAGGUAGCUAGAAAUGGAGGAAGUGUCUGGCACUCUGUUUAUAGAAAGAAGGAUUUGGAGAAGAGCAGAAAUGAGAUUUAAUAGGAAAUAGUCAAGUUCUUUUUGUGA